AUAACAACGAAUAAAAAUUGAAAACCCUAAGAUUUCUUAAAGAUUACCCCAAUUUCUAUAAAUAUAAUACGCCCACGCCUUCCUCAUCUGCGCCGCCCCCAAUUUUCUCCCUUACUAACAACAAAAACCCUGAAAUGUCGGACGACGAUCAUCAUUUCGAAUCCAAGGCUGAUGCCGGCGCCUCCAAAACCUAUCCUCAGCAAGCCGGUACUAUCCGUAAGAACGGCUAUAUCGUCAUUAAAGGCCGUCCCUGCAAGGUUGUGGAAGUUUCCACCUCCAAGACGGGGAAGCACGGUCAUGCUAAGUGUCACUUCGUUGGGAUCGAUAUCUUCACUGGCAAGAAGUUGGAAGAUAUUGUUCCCUCCUCCCAUAACUGUGAUGUUCCGCAUGUCAAUCGUACUGACUACCAAUUGAUUGACAUUUCUGAGGAUGGAUUUGUGAGCUUGCUGACUGAUAGUGGUGAUACUAAGGACGAUCUGAGGCUCCCAACUGAUGAGAACUUGUUGAAACAGAUCAAGGAUGGGUUUGGUGAGGGAAAAGACCUGGUGGUGUCUGUUAUGUCGGCCAUGGGGGAGGAGCAGAUCUGUGCUCUCAAGGACAUUGGUCCGAAAUAGUUUGAGGUUUGGUGAUUCUAAGUAUGUUAUUACAAAUCUUAAAUGGAAUUAUUUUUAUAAGUGGCUUUUAAUAUCUUGCCUUUCCAAGACUUGGGGUAGGGUAUAAAUGUUGUUUGAAUGGGUUUGUUUUGUUUGGUUUGGAUGCUAGAGAUAAAAAGGAAAAAAAAACACCUUUACUAGUU